CACACCAGCACUGCAGCAGGACGCUCACAGGACCAUGAACCCAUCUGCAGUGACUCCUGUGUGUUUGACGGUCUCCUCUGGGCUGAGACGGCGAUCGCAACGGUUUUUGUACAGCAUACGUCCAGCGGCGGCAGGACAGCGUCAACAGCGGCAUGACCGCACCACUCCGCAACACCACCAGCGCCCCUCAACCGCCGCGCCACACCUGAACGGUGUGAAUUCUACUGUUCCUUCGCGUGUAGGGGGCCCGCAGCGGGAGAUGUCUUCGGCGCCGGAAUUAACUCACCAACGGAUCAAGGGCCGGAGCCGCUUCUACAAGACUGUCACUAUUCGGGAAAUCGUCGCAGACAAGGCAGGGGACGAAGCUUCUGCUGCUGCGGCAGUUGGCGACAAGAGCCCACGCUGGGAAAUCCUCCUGGACAGCCGCGUGCUCAAGACCCCUGGCCGGAGACCGUUGCAGUUCGAUAGCCCUGAGUUAGCUAUGGCGGUGGCCGCUGAGUGGGAUGCGCAGGACACGUCAAAGGGCAUCGAACCCGCCGUGAUGCCUCUCAUGGCGCUCGCCUCCACGGCCUUAGACCAGGUGGCCUCCGACAGGGAGAAGACCGUCGCCACCUGCCUCAAGUACCUGCCUACGGAUACCGUCUGUUUUCUGUCGCCGGACCCUGACCCGGUGAUUGCUCGGCGCCAGCGCCAGCUGUGGUCCCCUCUCAGGGACUGGACGGAAGAGGCGUUGGGCAUCCCUGUAGCAACGACGACGGAGAUUCACCGCACGCCGCAACACCCCCCGGAGGCGUUGGCGCGGGCUAGGGACCUCCUGGAGUCCCUUGACGAGUGGGGGCUAGCCGCUGUGCAGAGCGCGACGAUGGAGUGCAAGAGCUUGGUCAUCGCGCUCGCUCUGCUUUUCCGCAAGACCACCGUGGAAAAGGCGUUCGAUGCAGCUCGCCUUGAGGAGGAGUACAACGUGGAGCGGUGGGGCAUGAUCGAGGGAGGGCACGACAUGGAUCGGGCCAACACCACGCUCACGCUUACGGCGGCUUCGACUCUUAUCUGGCUCAGGAGCGCCUCUUUGCGACCCCCUUCCCCGUAG